AUGCAAGCAAUUAUAGCGGGGGUGGAAAAACCCAAGAAAGGGGGACAAAAGGGUGCAAAGAAGGGAGAGAAGGAAACAACUGAUAAAGAACGACCUUCAACAGCUGUGAAACCACCUACAAAGCGAAAAGCAAAAUCAAAUAUUCACAAUGAGGAAGAACCACAUGUUCACAAUGAGGAGGGAGAGUCUGCUCGCAAUGAUAAAUCCACUUCUGAUCAUGUGGUAACUAAAACUCACAAUGAUUUUGUUCCUUCUCCUCCUCCUUCUCCUAAACCUACCACUACACCGAUCACCAUUGCACCAUGCCCUCCAUCUAUUUCAUCUCAAACUCAAAGCACCAGUCCUUUAUCUACACCUUUAUACAUAGAUUCCACUGUUCCUCCAAUGACUUCUGGAGAACCUGUUGUUUCAGUCAAUGCAUCUAAUGUGGGGGCUAAAACUUCAGGCUUUCAAUCAUCUCAUGUCUCUCCACCUAUUUCUCCAAUACAUCGAAAUGAUCCUGACAUGAUCUAUGGUGAUGAUGAAGAUGAGUUGGCAGGGUUUACUCAUAGCCCAUUCACUGUUCGCAACGAAAGUGAUGAUGAAGCACCAGUUACAAAAGAGGAAAAUGAAGGCAAUAAACGACAAUCUUGA